ACGAAUCGUGCACUCCAACCCGAAGGAGAGUCUCAUCAUAACGAAUAUCGAAUAAACGAAUUCUCAUCGACGCCCUGAAAGGACACUACUUUAUAAUAAUACUGAGCCGUUCCCUCCGAGUUGGAACAAUACUGUCGUUGAUCGAACCGUUUUUUCAUGAUUGUAACCGUCGGCCAGAUGAGUAAGGUUGAGUCGGAGUGUUCCAGGUGAAGCGACAUUAAGGGUGAACAAAAUAACGGGAAAAUAGUGCGAAGGAGGUGGGGGGUGAAUAAAGUGGAGCAUGGAACGACGGCUCUUCCUUCUAGCCCUGUUGGGGCUGCUCGCCCUCGGAUACGCUGCUCAAUGCCCAAAGCAUCCAACUUCACCGGGUCGAGAAAUUUUGUGUUACUCUUCGACGUAUGACAUCAAAACGCUCGACGAUUCGAUAUGCAGCUGCACAACUCUCGUACAUCAAGGGCACGAUCUUAAGGAUUUAUCCAUUUCUGGUAUCGCGCAACUCCAGAAGUCUUUGAAGGAUUCAAAUCCUGCCCUUCAAUUCUUGCUGUCAAUCAACGAUAACGAGGGAUCGUUAAAGACAUCGGCUCAAGUGCGAUUAGAAGCCGCAGCUCGAAUUGUCCGAACUUUGAACGAGGUCGAUGGCGUCGAGCUCAACGUCACCGCUGGCACCAAAGAACGUCUGGUCCAUUUCGUACAGGGCUUGAAAGCCGAGCUCAUUCGAAAAUCGAAGGACAAACGAAUCGUUAUGGUUUUACCUACGAAACCACAGGAUCUGGCUAAACAAUUUGAUCUCAAAGCCUUGUCAAAGUUCGUUGAUCUCUUCUCGAUACCCACACAUUAUUUAGUAGCAGACGACGAGGCAUUUCGAACCUUCCAUCCGUCAAGAUUGAUGGGCCUCUUUGACAUGCUCAAUACCGAUAGUCUCGUCGACCUCGUGACAGGACUUGGCGUUGAAAAACGAAAAAUCCUUGUUUCCAUUCCGGCCAACGUUUACAAAUUUAGACUGGAAAAUGAGGCGGAGAAUGCACCAAGAUCUCCUACUAAAUCGCAAGAACCAGUACAAAUCGGUCGAUCUGAAAUGUGUGCAGCUAUGGAGCAGGGUGAAUGGAUCGUAGAAAGAGACGAAGAUCUCACGGCACCUUACGCCUUCAAGGACGACAUUUGGAUCGCUUUCGAGGACAAGAUUUCUGCAGGAAUCAAGGGGAAAUAUGUUUUACUUCGAGAACUCGCUGGUCUAGGAAUUUAUAACGUCGAAAAAGAUUCUAAAACGAAAUGUGGGAUAUCUCUUACGGAAGAAAUUUAUCACAGCUUCACGAAUAAUAAAAGAAAAACCCGUGAAGCAGUGCUGACUUCACUGCACGAUGACAUUCAGCAAAAAUCAAAUCCGUAUCCCAGUCACGUUAAAUCCUCGGAGUACAGGAUCGCUCGAGUCGUCGAUACGGAUGGACACGUUCAUGCAAAUCGCGAGACCAUGCACACGGAAUUUUCAUGUCCACGACAAGGAUACUUUGUUCAUCCAAAAAGCUGUAACAGAUUUUAUCGUUGCGUGAAAUUCAACCAAGGGAUCGAGGACUACAGCGUUUUCGAGUUCGAUUGCCCAGCAGGUUUAGCGUUUGAUGAACGAACUGAAGUUUGCGUGUGGCCGGGAUCGAUCACGGAAGGCUCCGCCUGUCCAGGAAGUAGUGAAAUUGCACCAUCGAAAGGGCCGAAGUUUACGUGUCCUGAACAUCCGGGGUAUUACGCCGAUCCGGAGAAUUGCCGAUUUUUCUACGCCUGUUACGAUCUCGGCGAAGGAGGAUUGACGUCAUAUGAAUUCCGUUGUCCAUAUGGAUUGGUGUUUGACGAGGAAAAAUUAAUUUGUGAGUGGCCUUACCUUGUACCCAGUUGUGGGGGCGGUACCUAUCACCGUAAAGAUUAUGAUAACGCACAUGGUUCGCACGGCUCGGGACACGGUGGUCAUUCCGGACAUGGUGGAUACGGAGGAGGAGGCUAUGGUGGAAGUGGCCAUGGUGGGCACGAAGGAUCAUCGAGCGGAGAAUGCCAUGAAAGCGGUCAUAGUGGGCACGGAGAAUCAUCUAAAGGAGAUUGCGAUGAAAGCAGCCAUGGUGGCCACGGAGGAUCUUCAGGCGGAGGCUAUGAUGAAAGCGGCCAUGGCGGCUACGGAGGAUCUUCAGAAGGUAAUUACGAUGAUAGCGGUCAUGGAAAUGGAGGAUCUUCGGAAGGAGGCUACGGUGAAAGCGGACAUCAUGGACACGGGGGAUCUUCGGAAGGAGGCUAUGACGAAAGCGGUCAUCAUGGACACGACUCUGGCCAUGAAGGUAAUGAUGGACGUACCACAGUUCAUUCUGGUCAUGAUGAGCAUGGUGGAGCAGCUGGAGGUGGAUACGACCAUGGACAUACGACGGUUCACUCAGGACACGGUACUCAUGAUGAGCAUGGUGGAGCAGCUGGAGGUGGAUACGACCAUGGACAUACGACAGUUCAUUCUGGACAUGGUAGUCAUGAUGGACAUGGUGGAUCAACUGGGGGUGGAUACGACCAUGGGCAUACGACAGUUCACUCCGGGCAUAGUGGUUAUGAUGGGCAUGGUGGGUCAACUGGGGGUGGAUACGACCAUGGACAUACGACAGUUCACUCCGGGCAUAGUGGUUAUGAUAGGCAUGGUGGGUCAACUGGAGGUGGAUACGACCAUGGACAUACGACAGUUCACUCCGGAUACGGUGGUUAUGAUGGGCAUGGUGGAUCAACUGGAGGUGGAUACGACCAUGGACAUACGACAGUGCACUCCGGACACGGUGUUUAUGAACAUACCACAGUACAUCCUGGAAAUGUUGAGAAUAAACACACCACAAUUCAUUCUGGACACGAUGGAAGUGAUCAUACAACGAUUAAUUCAGGCCAUGGAGGAGUUAGCCAUCCGACAAUCCACGCAGGACAUGACAGGAACGAACAUUCGACAGUGCACUCUGGAUAUGAAGGGGGUUACACACAUGGCGGAGGAUACACGGGUCAUACAACUCAGUCUGGAUACGACAGACACGUUCCUACGCUCGUGCACGCAGGGCACGGAGGAGACGGAGAAUCGUCAAGUGGUGGACAUACCAUUCGAACGGAACAUGGAGAAGGACACACCACAACUCAUUCGGGACACGGCGGAAUUGGACACUCAACGAUACAUCCAGAAUUCGGAGGUAGCGAUGCACACGGUGGAGUCACAACUGGUGGAUACAAUGGGCAUACAAUCCCAUCAGGACAUGCAGUAACUACACCCACAAUUGUUCAUCCAGGAUAUAAUAUUCACGGAGGAUCAUCUGACAGUGGUCAUGUGAACGUACACACCACUGGUCACUCAGCAAUUAAUGGUAAUACUGCUCAUCUCGGGUCAUCUGAUGGAGGAUUCACAGUUUUAUCGGGGGAAGGAUAUGUUGGAUCCCCCGAUGUAUCAUAUUCAACGGAUGGUGAAAAUUCUGAAUACUCAACCGCAGACACAGCAGUCAACACAGGAAUCAAAUCUGGUAUAUAUGCUGGCCAAUCCCCCGGAAUUCAAUUCGGUGGCCAAGCCGGAUCUACAGUUGCCUCCGGAAUAGAUAAUAGUGCAGGUAGCCCAUUGAUUUCUGGAAAUACUGGAUCAAAGGUGUACCACGGAAAUUACAAUCCUUUGCAAGGUGGUGGAUACACUCACCCUCACCGUGGUUCUGUCACAUCCGACGAACUAAAGACGGGAUCUUACAAUGAACACACUGCCAUUGGAGGAUCCCAGAGAAUCUCUUCCACUGGCGGGGGGACGUAUUACAACAAAAAUGCUGGAUCUUCUGGUAGUUAUUCAGGUGGAACUUUGUCUGGAGACAUUAUAACUGGUUCGGUAAAUCGAGGUAUCAUUGGGACUGCUGACUCGAACUCUGGAGCAGCUUAUAGCCACGGCGAUGUUUCUGGAACUAUUGUAAAUGGCGCAAAUGAACAAGGUUUGAUUUCAUCGGGAGUUGUCCAGCCGGGAUAUGUACAGACAUAUUCAGGAGCCCCUGGUUAUGUGUUGACAAACGGUGUUAAAACAACUUACGGAAGUUAUAAUCCACAGGAAACCUUCACUCAAAGCAUAGGUGGUCAAGGACUCGUCAUUACAGGUUCACAAACACCCGAAGUAGUCUUAACUGGUAAUUCUGGUACAGGAGCUCAUCUGGCUGAGCAUCCUUCCCCAGGGGUCAUUGUGAGUAACGCUAAAGAACCUGGAAGUUCAGUAAUCGGGUCUGUAAAAGGACAAUAUAACAACGAUGGUUCGAGUCUUUCAAUUUAUGAUGGAAGUCCAGGCUUUUCUCACUCACAAUUUGGAGGUGUUUCCACGCAUCAAGAGUACAUUCCUGGUAGCUCGCAUCCGUCGAACUUGCCGCAAAAUCCAAUAAUUACUUUUGGUACCGGCGGUGGAUACAAAACGAAUGAAUAUCAUGACAAUGGUGGCCGGAGUACGAUACGCUAUAAUAACGGUGAAAUAACUCACAAAUACACCGAAGACGAUGUGAGGGAACAUCAAGCGAAAUUCGGUACUUUACCAAAAUUCGACGUUACUAGUUAUGAAACGAGUUCGACUGAUUUCACGAAAACAGGACCCACGAAGACUGGUAUUGUAACUGCCCAAGUAGGAGGUAGUGCCAGUUACGUAUCUGGCACGUCGGCACCUAAACCCUUGAUCAAUCCACAAAACAUUGGAGCAAAUGCCUUCGGUAGUAACUCUGGUUAUUCUGGCACAUCGAGUAAAAUAUCAAAUGGUGCUUUCGAUCGUACAACGAGUUUCUCCAACGUGCAGUACACGAAACCGAGAACCAAUUACGAGAACGGUAGAAUCGAUACAUCCAAGGUCACUUCAGAAUCGUCAAAAUCAAGCGACAAACAAUCCGCGUCCGGUUACACCUACACGAAACCAGCAAUUCAAUUUAAUGGUUUUGGAGUUGCCAGGACGACGCAAACUCCGCAAACCAUAACUAAACAGACAGUCUACUCAAGCAGUCCAGCGCCAUUCUUAAAUGUCCAUGUUUAUAAUAAUCCAUCGGCCGUUACCGAGUCCCCAAUCGGUUUCACUACUGGUCCUCUAGAAAACUUUAAAUCAACAGUUUUUGAAGCCGCUAAAAUCCCAUUUACCAUAUCGACCGUCCAGCCUGUCAUCGACACUGGGUAUAAGACCAUAAUCUCCUCGACCCAAUAUCCAAUUAAUAUAAACGCCAACAGCUUUGGAUACAGUAAAAAUACUGGUUAUAAAACAAAUUCAUUGUCCACGAAAGAUAACUCAGCUCUGAACAUAAAUGUUUCUUUCCAACCGCACUUACCGAGUGAGGAACAAUAUGAAACGAUUGUACCAGCGCAAGGUCUCGAACCGACCAGAUACGAUAAAUCGGGAAAACCGUCUGUAACUCAAUCGGUAAUAUCGUACCAGCAUCGAACAAUUCCUCAACAGGUUAAUUACGGAUCGUCCGGUUUCUCGGGCUACUCGGAUACCGACACUCAUAUUAAUUCGACUUACUCGCAAAAUACUGGAAGUUAUGGACAGAAAAUAACUCCACCUGCAGAGAUUUACUAUGAUCCAACGAGCACGAUCGCACCGGCAAUCGGUGUGACUUACAGACCACCGUUUAAGGUCGUUACUCCGCAAUCAAGUCCGCGUGUACCCUCAGCAGGAUAUAACUACGAAAGACCAUCGGUAAAAUUCGUCAGUACACCAUCGCCAACCAUAAAAUACCAGAAUCCGAUUGUUGUUCAAGAUUCUUCAAAAUCGAAGAAUGCCGGAGGGUCGCAAACGAGUUUUGGCACUUCGAGAACCGAGGUAGAAAAACCGAUUACGAAUUACAACCGUGGCAGUACGAAAUUCACUGCAAGUGGCUAUGAAACUUCUGGGAACGCACGACACGAGGAAUCAGCGGUGAAAGCGAACCAAAAAUCGUAUUCAAAUAAUUUCGAUCGGUCGUACACAUCCAAAGUGACAUCAGCCGGUGAUCAGACAGGAUUUGGUUACAGUAGAAUUUACUCUACCACUCCGAAUUACAGAACUCAAACGAAAUCCCGGGAAUAUGGAAAUAGUAAUCAAUUCUCUGAAUCAGAAUAUUAUAGUCGAGAUAGAGAAAAUUCGGACUCGUCAUCGAAGGUCCGUCCCGGAGUACCGACGACUCACAGGCCAAUUUUGAAGUCAUCAACUCCAGGACCAUUCAGGCAGGCAUCUUUCUCCCCAGCGUCUUAUGGCCCAACAACUCCAGCAAUAACGACAUAUUCAGGUGAUUAUGGAAGAGGAUCGUCGACUCUGUCCUACAAAGCCACCACCCCGAAGCCUCUCGACAAACAGAAAGGCCGAGGCAAAGUAAUCGUGAAAUUGAGCGAUCUCCACCCCUUGCUAUUGGGCAAGUUAGGUGCCGAAUGUACCUGCAAAGCGGAUCCAUUUGCCAGUUUCCGAAGUGGAAAACCGCUGCCGAUUGAUUCGUCGCGAGGACGAAUUGAUUUAAGCAAUUACGACGAAUCCGAGGUUUACGUGGACCUCGAAUCGUCGAAAGAAAGUGGUAACUAUGAUUCUUCGGAAUACAUCACGAGUUUAGGAGAACUCAAGAAAUCUGAUAACGAAUACCAGACACCGGUGAUCGCCGUUUUUGGCACUUCAACGCCUUCCUCAAAAAGUGCACGAGUCAAAUCCCAGCGACCUUCGUCGACCUAUCUGCCCGUUGAAUCUCCGCCUGCAGCAGCUUUAAAAUCUUCAAGAGGCAGUGCCAGCGCAUCGAUGCCCAUCGGUGAUCCGUCCAUUCGGUCUUUCUUCGCCGGUGAGCAGAAACAGGGUGGAUUCCGCGUUGGAAAGAGUCUCGGUGUAUCGGAAGGUUCAAAUCCCAAUGCCCUGAGCCCGAAAGGAGCAGCUUUCGAUCGCUUUGGAAUAGGUGGUCUUCGUGAAUCGGACGAAACUCUGGAAGGUGCCAGCAAUUGUGCCAGGCCUGGUCUCUUCAGACAUCCCAAUUACUGCAACAAAUUUUACGUCUGCCACUGGGAUGAAUGGAAAAAGAAGUUUACCCUCCACGUUUUCAAUUGUCCCGUUCAUUUGACCUUCGACAGCGAAGCUAGUGCCUGCAACUGGCCCAGCAAGGGACCCGCUUGUCAAGAUGAUAAUCUUCUUGUUUAAUGUCUCUCCCUCUCUCUGCCUCUCUCGCGAUAUGUUCUGGAGGAAAAAAGAACUUGAGAAAAAGACGUGCUAAUUUUUUUUUGACCUCGAAGUUUUAUGAUGUCACGACUCAUUCGUUCCGGUAAUCGUUUCUUUGGAUUCUCGUAAUAGCUAUUUAUGGCUCUUUCGUGAAAACCUUUAUUUCGAUCGCCGUAAACCAAAUCAAGAGAAUGGUAUCAGGCUACGAUAUAUUGUAUAAAUUUAAUACAUACAUACAAUAUGUACAUAUAUGACUCGAAUAACGCGAAAGCGUUGCCAUCGCUUAGAGAGAAAGUCGAUCGAACCCAUCGAUCCAAAUCGACUCGACCACCGAUACGAUUGAACGAUCAUCGCGGCUCCGUGUAUACUCGUGCAGCGUCCACUGUCAUAUAUGUUCAUGCAUACGAAAAGAAACGAUGAUUUUUGAUCUACGAAAAUUUUAUUUUCCUCUCGAACAUAUCAAAUGUAUCGUAUUUAUGUAAAUAACUUGCAUCUUUCUUGCGUGGUAUAAUCAUUGUACUUUUGAACAGCGAUCUUUUCGAAAUUUGUAUAUAUUGUAUAUCGAAAGAGACAAGAGAAUGAAAGAUGGAAUUAACCCUCUUUGAUAACGAUUUUUUUCCAUGUAGAGAAAAAAAAAACAAUUCUGGUCGAUCGAUUCGAUUGAUAAUUUAUUUGCUCCCUCAAUCAUUUUUCUAUGUUAAGAAUAUUAAUUGUUUCAAAAAGAACCAUCAAUUUUAUUAACUGAAUUAUGAUUUCUUAGUGCCAUUUUUUUAUUGAGUCGGUAAAAACGAAUUAAACGAUAAGGGUAAAAUAGAACGAGAUUCGUCGAUGUAAUUCAUUGAUUGGACAAUAAAUAUUCAUUCUGCUAAUUUAAAAA